UUUUCGUUCUUUCUUACAUCUUUCCCACAACUUUCCCUCCCCAUGGCAUUGCAUACCCCAAUCUCUCUCUCUCUCUCUCUCUCAUCUCUUAAAUUCCCUCCUUAAUCUGUUCCUCUGCCUACCUGAAACAAAUAUAAUACUACUUUAUACAAUAAAAAUUGCAGUUGUUGAUUACUUUGGAGGGAAAGCUAAGAUGAUCAGGUAUGUACCCAUUAACUCUCUCCUCAUGUUCUUGGCAAUUCUUCAAUUGGUGUUCUCUCAACUGCCUCCAAACCAGAUAAACACCAUGCUCAAACUCUCUGAGCUUCUCAAAAACAACUCAUCUCCUGAUUUUCCCUGGAAAAUCAAUCCAAAUUCAGACCCAUGUUUGUGGAAGGGGGUUUCGUGCGGUCCCAACAACUCCUCCAUCAUCCAACUUUCUAUCUCUGGUUUUUCUCUUUCUGGCUCUGAUUUUCUCCCUGUUCUUUGCCAAAUUGAUACCUUGCAGUCUAUUGAUCUGUCCAACAACCAUUUGAAUGAAAUUCCAAAUGGGUUCAUUACAGGUUGUGGACAGAUUGGUGGGUUAAUGGUGUUGAAUUUUAGUAGAAACAAAUUGAGUGGUCCUUUGCCCACUUUUCAAGGUUUUGGUGUGUUGGAGUUGUUGGACUUUUCUCAUAAUUCUUUGAAUGGAAAGAUUGAUUUACAGUUUGAUGGAUUGGUUGGUCUCAAAAGUUUGAACCUUAGCUACAACCAAUUCAGUGGUUCUGUUCCAGUAAAGCUUGGACGGUCCAUGGUUUUGGAGGAGCUUCAGCUUUCUAGCAAUUCUUUCCAAGCUAAUAUCCCCAUAGAAAUAUCAAGUUAUAGGAAUUUGAGUCUGGUUGAUCUGAGUGCAAAUAAUCUUUCUGGGUCAAUUCCUGAUUCAUUUAGAAACCUUACCAAGUUGAAGAUUUUGAUUCUAUCUUCAAAUUCUUUGAGUGGUGAAAUCCCCCCAAUCUUUUCAACUAUCAAAACCCUGUACCGAUUCGCAGCGAAUCAGAAUAAUUUUAAUGGUACACUUCCACCUGGUCUUACAAUGUACCUCAUUAAGUUAGACCUCAGUUACAAUAAGUUGCAUGGGUUGCUCCCGACGGACUUUCUGUCGAACUCAAAUUUGCAGUUUUUGGAUCUGUCCAACAAUUCUUUGGACGGUCCAAUACCUGAAAAUAUGUCACCAAACUUGGUGAGAUUGAGAUUGGGAAGCAAUUCUUUUGAUGGCGAAAUACCGUCAUCAUUUGGUAGUCUCCAACAGUUGAUGUAUUUGGAGCUGGAUAACAAUAAUUUGAGUGGAUUGAUACCUCCUCAGUUGGGUAUGUGCCAGAAGUUGGCACUGUUGAAUCUAGCUAAUAACAGCCUGACCGGUGUGUUGCCGGUACAGUUGGGUAAUCUUAGCAAUCUUCAGGAGAUGAAGCUUCAAUUCAACAAGUUGGAUGGUGAAAUUCCAAAUCAAAUUACUCAGUUACAAAAAUUGGAGAAACUCAAUAUCAGCUGGAAUUCACUGAGUGGUUCGAUACCUCCUUCAAUCUCAAACUUGCGGAGUCUCUUCAACUUGAAUCUACAAGGCAACAAUCUCAGUGGUCCAAUACCCAAUUCAAUUGGCGACUUGAAUAAUCUGUUGGAACUCCAACUUGGGAUGAACAGAUUAAGUGGGAAUAUCACAUCACUGCCAACAAAUUUGCAAAUUGCUUUGAAUCUCAGCAGCAACCUCUUUGAUGGACCUAUCCCCUCCGUUCUUUCCAAUUUGACCGGAUUAGAAGUUCUGGAUCUCUCCAACAACAGCUUCUCUGGAGAGAUUCCAGACUUUCUGGCCGGAAUGGGCUUAAUGCAGGUUUUACUGUCAAACAAUCAACUGUCUGGAGUUGUACCACAGUUCAAUUCAUAUGUUGUGCUUGUUGCAACUGGGAAUAAGGGUCUGAUAUACUUACCACCACCAGCACAGCAGUCUCCUCCACCAUCACCACAGCAGUCUCCUCCACCAUCACCAAAGAAGAAAACUGUUUCUGUGGCGGUGGUUGUUGCAGCAACUGGUGUCCUCGCUAUUGGGGUAGUUGAGUUUAUUGCUAUAUGGAUCUCCAGAAGAUGUCACAAGAUUAAUGAUGAGCAAUUAGAACCAGAACUUAACCCCAGGUAAUUGAGGAAACCUGUCGAACUUUAAAACGGCGUAGUUCUAAUUUGACCGGAUUAGAAGUUCAGAAUCUCUCCAACAACAGAUUCUCUGGUGAGAUUCCAGACUUUCUGACUGGAAUGGCUGGCUGAACGCAGGUUCACAGGACAGUUACGUAUGUAAGUUCAACUAAAAAAAAAGUUUUGUAUGGCAAUGGAAGUAUUCUUCGUGUGCGUGUAUAUAUAUAUAUAUAUAUAUAUAUGCAUAUACGUGUAUUACAGUUGAGAACUUUCCUGGUUAUCCACUCUGUCUCACACAGUUCAAAAACACUGAGAUCUUCCAAACACUCCAAACAAUAGCCUAUUUGUGAGAAUGAAUCAGGCAUAAAUUCUUGUC